UUGCUGUCGAAACAUUUAACAAGAUUUGUAAGAGACGUAAAAUUGGGUUUUGCCCAGGCUAACAACAAACCGAAAGCCACAGAUUUUUGUGCAUUUUGCUCGAAUCACAGUACCAAAGGACAUCAUUCACAGCUCAGCCUGCCUAGCAGCGACAGCAACACUCCAGACAGUUGACGAGCAGCUCGCAAUUAUGGAAAGCCAAAAGAAUCACAGCCACAAUCAUCGCCGCGGUGCUCGUCCCAGCGUUGGCUACUUGCUCUUCCAGUAUCAGAGCGAAUUGACGCGCCGGCAUGCGGAACCGACGCGGCUCUCCCGCUGCAAGAUCCACAUUAUCGACGGCCUCGUCUCACGUACGAUACGGCAGCUGAAGCACUGCAGCGUCGAGGAGCUGCAGGCCUGCAAGCGGGAGCUCGUCUACAAGGAGCAGCUGCGGAACGAGCUGCGCAGCAUGCGACGCAAAAAGAGCAGCAGUACCAAAUCCACUUCCGGUUCCAGUUCCAGUUCCAGCUUGAGCAGCAGUUCCGCCUCUGCCGCGCCGCCUGUGAAGGCGCCCACCACCCCACCAAAGCCACGCAGCUCACACACCAAAAAGGUCAUUAUCUUUGGGCCCGAAAUCUUUGUCUAACAAAUUCAUUUCUUUUACAAAUUUUAGAUUUUAUUUUUAAGUUAGUUUGGUAAUUACGUUCUGCAUUAAGUUCUAGUUCUAUUUUGUACUUAAUUGUUGACGAUUAAAAAUCAAAGAAUUUUGAGUUACAAAUGGA